AUGAAUUUUGAAAUUUCGAAAUAUACGAAAGAAGCAGACGAGGAAGAAAAAAGAAUACGAAAAAAAUAUGCCGCAUCUCGUAAUAUUUUGAAUAUAUACACUUUAGAGCAGUUAUCUAAGGUUAGUAAUGUUGACUUAUAUUUAAUGAUGGAUCUAGAUGAAUAUCGUACAAAAGAAAUACCUGUACAUGUAUUAGCUUAUGUUACUAAAAUAAAAAAAAGACAGUAUCAUCCAGACAUUUCAAAAGGAGCACGAGAGGCAUUUUUACUUGUAGAUGUAGCUAAUAAAAUUUUAGGAGACAAGAGAUUACGAUCGAUUUACGACUCGUCUUAUUUCCACGUAAACAUCCCAGAAGAUAGAAUAUACCAACAUGAAGAGUUUAGAGAUGUGUUUGGUAAAAUAUUUAGUGAAUACGCACGAUUUACGACUGGUGCGCCGACAUUAGACGAUGAUGCAACUAAAUUUUACGAUUUUUGGAAAAAUUACAAAUCUACACGAAUUUACAUACCGAUAGACGAGUAUAUAAAUCUCAGUGCAGAAGAUAGACUUAAUUAUACACGACAAAAUGCAGAUAAACUUGCUAAAUUAAAAAAUGAAGAUAUAAAAAAACUGAAAGAAAUACUGGCUAUUUGUUAUAAAAGAGAUCCGAGAAUUAAAUCUAUAAGUGACCAAUUGAGAGAUCUGAAAUUAGAAAAAGAAAAUGAAUGGUCUCCUGUAGAGGUCAGUACACUUAAAAGAUUAAUAAGUUUAUUUGGGAAAACGAAAAAAAAUAAAUGGGAAAUUAUAACUGAUAAAUUAGUAAAUAGUACUAAAAUAAAGAGAAGCGUAAAAGAUGUUAUAAAAAAAAGUGAAGAACUGAACAAAAAAUAA